AUGUUCCGACAGGGAGCUCGGACAAAGGUGACUAAGCCGCAUUUGGGACAGUUGUUCGAGACGGGGAGGCAGGAGGCAGCAAGCAGCUGGAGCUCCUGUGGGAGCAGUGACGAAGCUCCCAAACCUGACACAACAAAAAAGCAAUUGGCCAUCUGUCCACCUUGGGAGCUCUGUGCUUCUACACUUACGAUCGCAGGCUCUUCCGUUUUUUCUUUCGAGUCAUUUUUUCAACGCAGCUCGCCUGGAGCUGAACAAACCCGGACGAUCCACCGGCUGUAA